AUGAGAAUCGCCGUCAUUGGAAUUCAACGAACAAAACAAAGGUUAGUCAAGUAAAAUUUUAAUGAUCGUGAAGUUGCUAUACAUAUGAUUUGAAAAUAAGUUUCGAGAUCCAAAAAAUCAUCCAAAUCACAAAAACUCUAAUCAUUUGACAAUUAUCGUCAAAAAUAACAUCCGUGAGGAAACAAAAGCCAUUUAGGGAUUUAGAACUAAAAAUCUAUGAGAAAAUAAUAAGUACAAGCGACGAAUUUCACCGAAAUACGUUUUUCAAAGUAUUCCAAAUAUAAACUGUUCUUUUUCAGAGUCGAUCUAACAACAGCGUGUCCCGCGAUGGUUCAGUCAACAAUUUAUCAACUACAAAAAUUGAAACUCCAUCUACCAAAACACCCCCUUCAACCACCAACUACAGCAACAACACCAUCUCAGGCAUCACACCAACACUUUAAAGGGGGUACGGGCUAAUCAAAAUUUUAUGGAAAAAAUAUACCAUCUGAAAGAGGAGGUUCCGUUUAGUAUGUUCCCAAAUUUUCAUAAUUAUUUUUCACGUUUGAAUACUAUUUUUUCACGCGCAAACACGAAAAAGUUGCGCUCGACUUCAGAGAAAUAGCAUGCAGACACGAGAGACACAGCGUAUUUAGGCCCCGCCCCUUCUAUGCGCUGUGUCUCUCUUUCUUGUGCGCUAUUUCUCUGAGGUCGAGCGCAACUUUUUCGUAUUUGCGCGUGAAAAAAUGGUAUUUAAACGUGAAAAAUAAUAAUGAAAAUUUGGGAACAUACUAAACGAAACCUCCUCUUUCAGAUGGUAUAUUUUUUUCCAUAAAAUUUUGAUUAGCCCGUACCCCCUUUAAUUAAAUACCUAAAUUUCUAAGAUUUCUUGAAUUUUAUACUCAAUUUGAAAUUUGUGUAUAUUGUGUUUCUCUAUAUUCAUGAUUUUUACUUUUUUCUAAUAAAUAGUGAUUUGAAAAAUGUGUUAAUGUUCAGAAUUAGGUCGGUUUCACAAGGAAAGGUUUUCAAUGUUCCCCCAAGGAAAAAACCGAGAGUAUGUGGAAUGUUGAGGGUUCCCAUGGGUAAGAAAACCCUAACGGGAAUAAGGAGAAAAAUGCCUUGUUUUAGAAAAUUUUGGUGUUAUUGAUUUUUGCCAUGAAAUUUUUUAGAAAAAUCGAAACUUUUUUCAAAAUUGGUGAAAAAUGUCAAUCUAAAAAUCCAUUUGUAGCGCAAACGGCGUACUUUAGUAUUACUUCGACUAAAAUUAGGAAUAAAAUAAUUUUGGUCCCAAAAGUCCACUAAAUCAAAAAUCCAGUUUGAAAAAUUCAUAGAAAAUCAACGUUUUCGUUGUGAAGGAGAAGUUUGUGUGAAUCGAGACUAUGAUUUUUGGAUUCUACGGACCAAAUUACGUCUGUUGACCGUCAUAAAUUUUUCAAGUUCCGUUCAUUUGAAAAUGGAAAAAAUUAUUUUUUGUGUUUUUUGGUGACCAUUUGAUCAGAAAAACCCCGACUAAAAAAACCAAAUUUCAAAAAAUGUUUUAUUUUUUGAUAAAAAGUUUCACAAACACCUAAUCGACCAUUCUGAACAACUUCCACGACUCAAAAGUUCAUGAAAUAGAUUCAAAAUCGAGUUACAGAUGCUCUAAAAAUCAAAAAAUGGUGUAAAAAUCGACCUAAAAUACAUUUUUUCUCGAGAAUAAGGCAUUUUUCUCCUUAUUCCCGUUAGGGUUUUUCUUACCCACGGGAACCCUCAACAUUCCACAUACUCUCGGUUUUUUCCUUGGGGGAACAUUGAAAACCAUUCCUUGUCAGUGAAAAAUGGGUAGGGAAGGGUCGAAAAGCGAGGCUGCAGCAAGUAAAAUACGAGUGUGUGACAAGUGAUUUACCAGUGUGUGACAAGUGGUUCACCAGUGUGUGACCACUCGCUACCAGUGUGUAACGACUACCACACCGAUGCGUACCCAGUGUGUGCACACAUCGGUAUUUUUGUGGUUACACACUUGUGUUUCUGUUGUCACACAUGCGUAAUUUUUUUUCUGAGAAAGGAUAAUUGUUUUUUUUGUGAAACUGUAGAAAAAAAAACAAAAAAAAAUUAAAAAUUUGACGUGAAAAAAAAAAUCUUCAAAAAAUAAAAAGACAAAAUUCAACACCUGAAAAAAAUAAUAAAAACGUGACGUGAUUUUUUGCCAACACGAAAAACGCAAAAAAACGGUCAUUUCCAAAGAUUAUUAAAAUCGGAAAAGGCUGACAAUUCAAAAUGUCCUCAAAUGACCGAAAAAGAAAGACCGAAGACCCAAGCGACAAUUAUCCAGGACCUGAAAAAAAGGCUGUCCCUGAAGAGGAGAUUGAAUUGGCGAUGGAUAAUACGCAAGAAGAUGAGGAGGCGGUACCAGUGCCAAAUAAGGUAAGUUAAUAUAACAAAUUGAUUUUUCGGAAGGGGCUUGUUGAAACAAAAAAAGAAGUUUCCACUCGAAUACUCUGCCGCGACCUAGAAAAUCAUGAAAAACUAGUCCUUGCGAUCAAAAAUGACCUAGAAAUCCAUUUUUUGUUAAAAGUUCGAUUUGGCCUAGAAAAUCAUGGAAAAUUGGAUUUCUAGGCAAAACAUUUCUGAAUUUGUAAAACUCCUGUGAAAUUUGACUGAAAACCUGGAAAAUAUGGAAUUUUCAAUGAAAAAAAAAGGGACAAUUGUUAAAGAAUCCUUGAAAAUAUAAAAUGUAUGAUAAAAAUGAGAUAAAAAAGGAAAAAUCUUGAGAAUUUGAGAAACUUUAAGAAAUAUUCGAAAUAUUUCGAGUUUCCAAUGUGUUUGAGCUUCUAAAUUGUUUUUUUUAUAGAUCGUGGCACCACCCAAUCCACAAAUAUUCGAUCCGAGUUUGGAUGUGCCUUUCACAUUCAACUCGGAUCGAUCCGAAACGGAUCUUUCGCCAAUUGAACUGGUGGCUCCACCAUCUCUACCACCUCCAUCUCCACCUCCUCGAUCACCAAUUUCUCCAAGGCGCUCAAGAUCCGAGCCAACAACACCAUCGGAAGGCGAGCCGCUCUCGAAGAAGCUCAAAUUCCCACCGGACUUGUGUGAUAUUAGGGACAAAUCGAGGAGGGAUUCCGCCGAAGCUCGCCAAAUUUUCAAAGAAAGCUUCCAAGAGGUUGUCGAUUUAUCAAGAGUUACUGAACGAUCAGAGCGAUCACAACAAACAUCGCCUGUUCUGACACCUUUGCCUGUUCAACGCGCAGAACUCAUGAAUAUUCCUCAAAUGGCUCCUGAACAGACAAUUCAAGUAUUGCCAGCGGUUCAAUUUGUUGGAAGAAUGGUUGAAUUGGAAGUUGCACCUGUGGAAAGAGUCGAAUAUUUGGAAGUUGCGCAAAGAAACACCGCGCAAAAUGUUCCGAUUCGACGAGAUUUGGAAGAAGUUCGACUGCUCGCCGCUCAACCAAUUAUCAAUGCGAGAGUUGCGGACAUCGUUGUGGCUCCUGUUCAAGUCGUUCAAUUCGCUCCACCACCUCCACCACCACGCGAAUUGGAUGAUUUGGACGAGGAUGUUGCUGGACCACCACCACCAGCAGCUCCUCCUGCGCCUCAACCAGCUCCACUUCUUCAACAACAACCACAUCAACCGGCUCAACUUCCUCAACAACAACCACCACAAGUUGCUGCUCCACCUCCACCUCCACAAGUUGCUGCUCCACCUCCACCUCCACAAGUUGCUGCUCCGCCCCCACCUCCACCACCACCAUCUCCACCAACAUCAGGAAAUGACUGGGCGAAAGAAUGUGAAGACUGGCUGGCUAUUAUUCAGCGCUGCUUUGAUGCAGUCAUCCGCGGGCAGGUGACGAACCAAACCAUCGACGCAAUCCAAUCGUUGACGAGAUGUCGAUCAACAUUGCGAAGAUGGGUUCGUGCACAACCCGCGGAUUCGGACGAUAAGAUGGAUAAAAUGAUCCAAAGGAUUUCGAGGGCAAAACUACUUGUUCCUAAAUUCAAGUAGUCUUCUGGAAAUCGUGAGUUUUUUUGAAAUUUCCCCAUGGAUUUUAGAAAUUACCCAUUUACCACAUGAAAUUUUAGCAAUUGGGAACCCUCUAUAUUUCUUAGUCAACCAAAAAAAACCCCAAAAACCCCGAAAACGAACAAAAAACAAAAAAACAAAAAUAAUUUUUUUCGAAAUGAAAAAAGUGCAAUGGGGCGCACUUAUUUGCUUUGGCAAAAUUUGAAUUUUUUAUUUUUUCAGACCACACACAACUCGUCUUCAAUUACUGCUAUUAUUAUUAUUUCACCAUUAUUAUAAUUAAAAAAGAAAACUACAAAAAAAAAGAAAAAAAUCUGAAAAUCCAAAAAAAGAAAGAAAUAAAUAAAAAUCAAAAAAAAAAUACAAAAUCAAAAAAAACCCAAAAAAAGAAAGAAAUAAAUAAAAUCCAAAAAAAUAGAAAAAAUCACCAAAAUCCAAAAAAAUUUAAAAGCAUCAAAAUACAAAAAAAAAUUAUAUUAUUAUUGGCUCAAUUAUUUAUUGGAUUGGAAAAUCAAUCAAGGCUUCAAUCAAUUUGGCGUAUUACUGUAUUUUUAUUUAUUUAUUGGUUUUUUGCUGGAAAAUGAUGAAUUCGAUUUUUGAGUGAGUUUUUUUCGAAAAUUUUGAAUUCCAAUUAAUCUGGAAAAAAAUUCACAGGCAAAUUCAUAUGGAUACAUAAUGGAUACAUUAUGGAUCCAUCAUCCAUAAUCGACCCAUUUCGGUUACAUCAAGGGUCCAUAUAAGAUCCAUCUGACAUCAAUCAGGGGUGAUGUAUCGCUGAUGGGUCUCAGAUUGAUACUCAGCUGAUUGAGCUGAUAGUUGAUUGAUUCAAAAUGGAUCGAUGAUGGAUGAUGGAUCCAUAAUGUAUCAAUUAUUGAUAAAUCAUCAAGUCCUUCUUCACAGUAGAGUUUUUUUGAACAUGUUUUCUCUUCCAUCCAUUCUAUUUAAGGAUAAAAAUGAUAAAUCGUGGUUUCGUAGUCACUACGAAUUCCUGAUUUUUAAAUCUAGCUCGAUUUUAUGGACAAAAAUGAUGAAUCGUGAUUUCGUAGUCACUGCGAAUUCCCGAUUUUCAAAUCUAGCUCGAUUUUAUGGAUAAAAAUGAUGAAUCGCACGAUACCUUUUUAAAUCAACUCACAUGCUUUGCUACAUUUCAAAAAAUAAUGCAGAAAUUGAAUGCCGCAAUUCAAACGCGUUUUGUAAAAUCGGAAAUGAGCAAAACAAUUCACGUCAAAUUAUUUAAUGUAAGCUUGAAUCUAGGGUACAAAAGUAGGUCGACAGACAGAUCACCGUUUAAUAUAUGAGAUCGAUUAUCAUGCAUGCACAUUCUUUUGUUCAGAUGCUUCUGAAAAAACGAAAAAAAAAACAUUUGCUCAAUUUCGGGCUAAAUUUUGAGCUUUUACGAGUCGUUCAACAAAAACUGAUAACUGGAUAUUUCUUAACAGGAAAAACUCUAUCGAAUGGUAUAGUGUAACUGAGUGAAGUUCACUACACAGGGAAAUCUUGACUGAUCCAUAAUGGAUAUAAAAAAAUAUUGCAUACUAAUAGCAAACAAUUUGUAUCCUUUAAAAUUAAACUCGAGAAAAAAUGCAUCCUUUAUGAUAAUAAAAAUGCAUCCAUUAUUUUUCUUUGAGAAUUUUGAGAAGUAACCAUAAUGCAUCCAUUUUUAGAUGGCCGUGGAAGAGAAAUCCAACAUGAGCGUCUUCGUCCAAUUAGCCAUUCAAAGUUUUUUUUUCAUUUUCGCAGUUUUUUGUGUUUUUUCCGGUGUUUUUCUAUGUUUUUCCAUGUUUUCUUUUGUUUUUUAUGUGAUAACAAUGCGAAAUAUGGAGGGUUUUAUUGGUUCAUUCCGGUAAUGGUUCACUCGGGUGAAAAAAUGUAUCAUCGUAAUAGAUAAAUAGGAUGAACAGUACGGAUUGAAGUUUUUAUUUUUCUUGACUUUUCGAUCCGGGAUGAAUUCUGUGUGUCUGGUUGAUUAUUGGUAGCUCCAUAAGAGGUUCUCUGAGUUGUUUUGAAGGGUUUCUUUUGAUUACAAAGCACUUGUUUCUAAAGUGAAUACGUGAACGUGUGAUGUGGCAAAUACGUAGAUGGCAUUUCGUCUUUCUUGUUUUCAUCAUUUGUCGACAUCUCUCUCUCUCUGCCAUAUGCCACGACCAAACUGUAGUGAUAUUAAAGGUAUUAUUAGCUUGUUUUCUCCGCUCUCAUCAGAAAUUUGAACAGGCCAGCUCGAUUUCGAAGAGCAUAUGCGAAAUGAGGGAUUAGAUGAGUUGGAAGAUGCCGACUUUCCCAAUUUCGAUGUUUUGACUGAAGGUCAUGUUGAAGAUAAUGAUCAAAUUAUUGCUGAAGAUCUGUCAGAUGAAGAUGUUGAGCCGGAAUCUGAGGCCGAAUCAGAUGAUGAAGAGGGUGUGGUAUUGCCACCUGAGGAGGACAUUAGAAUUAAUGAAGGUUUAUAAGAAUUUGAUUUUGAAGAAACACCUUUGGUUUCUUCCAGAUCUUCUCAGUUCCCGUCUAAACAAUCUCAAUGAUCGACAGCUAAUUACUCUGUUGAUGUGUUUGCAAUCUAGAUCGACUUCAAAAAGUUGAGUUUGUUAGUUUUCCUUCCCCUAUUUGUUCGGUUUAGCUUUUCAACGAACAACUUUUCUUCUGGAUGAUGAAGAAGCGAAAGAAGUUCGAGAAAUAUGGGAAGAAAGCAGAAAAGCAUAUACCGAUUACAAAAUCUGUUUUUGUGGAAAAACAUUGGUUGGGAGUCAAGAAUGGUAAGAAAAACAGCCUGUUGAGACUCAAUCCAGUUCCCUUCCAAAUUUCAGUAACCUGUGUAGAAAAAGUGCCAUUUUCACAAAGAUUCCGACGAUUCCGCAACUGAAAGAGGUUGUAAAUCGUAAUUUCGAGGACAUAAUGGAAAUUAGAAGGCAGCUGAAAAAUGGAACAAAUGUUGAUCACAAUCUUCACAGUCCUUUUCUCUCCCAGUUAUGGAAAAAUGAAACAGAUACAAUUGAUUUGUCUUUGCUUCUUAGCAUUGAUGGCGUUUCGACAGAUGGAAAUACUAAGUUUGUUUCUGAAAAGGAUAACAUAUAAUCAAUAGCUUUAGGGAAAAGCUAUGGCCAAUUGUGUUCUGUUUAGUGGACGCGGGGACUGCGAAGCGCCAGAAGGCGUCCAAUAUGAUAGUCGGUGGAGUUGUUCAUGCUGAUGAAGACCCAAAUACAUUAAUUUGGGAUCGAGUUUUGAAAAUUGUUGAUGCUGAUCUUAAUGCAGAUAGUCAUUUUGAGGUUGCUCAAACCAGGUUCACAGCAAAUAUCACUUGUGCAGUUGCAGAUCAACCUGUGAGUAUAAUAGUUCCCUAGUGAUUUUUGAAUCAUGCUGGUUUUUAGGCGAAACGUUCUAUUCUUGGAAUGGUGGGCCAAAGUUCUGCGAGAUCAUGUUUAUUUUGUCUAAGCACUGACACUUAUUAUAAAUUGAAAGCAGACGGUAAAUCGAAACAGGUGUUUUUUUUUAAUUGAAAUUUUUGACAGCUCGUUACAUUCAAAGAUAUAACUGUACCGAGCAAGAUGCGAGAGAUGGUCUUAUGGGGUUUACGGGUGAUUAUUGUUAUAUAUUAGAUUUGAUGCGGCCCUGGGAUUUUAUUAUUGAUUGCUUGCACAAUUUCGCAGAGGGGAUCAUUAAGUAUCUCAUUGCAGGUAUAAAAAAGUCAACAAUGAUACACAGCAGAUUUUUCACCGCGUUACUCUACACAAAAAAAUUAUAGUAUUCAUGUUUUCUUCACUUUUCUCUAUGAAUUAUGCAUAGUACAAGAAAAAUUCUAUAAUUCAAAAAAUAUCGUGAAAACAAACGAUCUUUCUUUCGUAAUUCGAAAAAUUUGCAAUUAACAGGGUUUAUGUGGAAAUAUGUUUUCUUAGGAAAUGGGUGAAAAAUCAGUGAUGAAACAUGAAAAAGAAGUGAUAGGAAGAAAUUCUUUUUAUGCUUCAAAAUUACUUUCUUACCUAUUUCUAAUAAAAACUCUAUUUCCCAUGAAUUCAUUCAAUUCCGCCCAUAGUCUUCGUCUGUUUGCACCAUAUUUUUAAAUUGUUCGCAUUUUUCAUUGAAAAAACCAUUUUAAAAAAUCAAUGUUUUCACGGAAUUGUAAUCAAAUUUACAAAUUUGAAAGUAGAAUUAUCGCAGUGAAAAAUUUGCUGUGGUCAUCUGCAUUGUCAAAAUACUAUUCAGAAAUUCUACUAAGGACUUUGAGAAUGCAAGAGAAAAUACGACGCUCAUCGAUUUUUAAUGUAGACGAGAAUGCACUUUUACAUUUUAUGAGAGGAAUACAUUGUCACAGUGAUUUCACGAGAUCUACAAAAAUGCGAAAUGGGACAGAUCGUAGUACAGUAUGUUUAUUUCUAUGGCUAAUUGUCAUAGAAAAUUUCCAGGUUUUUCGAAUUCUCAUACUCCUUUCAUUUUUGAAAUUAAAAUGCAGUAUUGAGGCAAAGUUGAUUGUUAUUGGAGUUUCCUCUCUUCUCAAUCAUUUGUUCACUAGCACAAAUGUUGAAGAUUCAUUUUAUAAUGAUUUGUGCGAUUCGAUAACUUUUUUUCUUCUUGGCGCCUCUAGGAAAUAUUUUCCAAUGAAAAUUCAUGUGAGUUAGAACAACUCAUUCCAUCAAAAAUCUCCAUAUUUCUACAGGAGACUUUGCUGCAUUUACCUUAUUGCGUUGAGAAAUUCGGAAAUAUAGGUCAGUUGUCUACUGAACAAUUCGAGACAUUGUACAAUUAUUUAUUGAACGAAUAUUCCUCUCAGUUGACAAGCAAUUUUGUGUCUACUGCGGCAACUAGGUAAAAAAUCAAGGUCUUUAGCAUGGUUAAUGAAUUUCUACUUUAAGAUUUGUACUUUUGAAUGAAGCAACAUCGGAAUUCCUGAAACGAUGGCUGAAUAAUCCAUCAAAAACCAUCAAAAACUAUAUGACUACUUGUGUCGAGUUGAAACCACAUCAAGACUUGGCCAAAAAACCAAUAGCAAAUUUUUUGCCAGUCGACAUUCCACAUCUUGCGCAAGAAAAAUCGUAUUUCUCAAUUUUGAAGUUAUCGUGCGGUACUUUUCGUUCUCAAUACGGAAAAUGGAACACGACUGACGACAUCGUUUUUUUUGUCCAUAGUAAAUAUAGAUGCGGAAGAUUUGUUUUGUAUGGAGACGAAGGAAUUCUCAUUGAACCGGUCGAGGAGAUUCGCUAUGAUUAUAUUCUUCCUGAUAUAUUGACGGAAAUUAAUAAUAUGACAAGAGGAAAACUGGAGGCUCAGCGAAUAUUUCAUCAUUUUCGAAAAAUGAGAUCUGUCAUUUUUGGUGAUUAUGAAGUGGAUCGAAGAAUAUGGAUAAACCCCCGAAUGGCUAUUGGAGUUGGGGCUAGUAUAGAUGUUGAAGGACAUACAAUGUUUCUUCAAAUUAACGGGUCGCCAAAUCACAAAUAA